UUUUUUUAUGCAUAUUUUAGUUAUUUUUUUCAAAUCUAACAUAAAAAAAUGAAGUCUUCGGUGUUCAAUACACAAACCUAUCAGCAUAUGGUAAAUUCAAACAACAAGCUCAAAUUUUAUACAGUACAGAACGAGUUGGCAACUCCAUUGAAUAUGCUUGAAUUAAUAGUAGCAUCGCCCACCAAUGCCGAUCUGCGUGGUUCAACGUCUAUGGAGCACUCCAAACAGCUGAUCGUCAGCCCCGGCGCCGAGUCAUCGCCAAGGCAGGCGCCGGAUUGGUCGCUGAUUCUGGAUGAGUUUAUGCCACGGCACCGCAAUCGCGUCAAUGUGGCAAUGCCCGUGGUAUUGCGCAAUAAGACUCCGUUUACACGUUUGAGCCCCGAAAUUGUGCCACAGAAACGCGGCAUGGAGACGUCCUUUUUGCGUUUUCUAUGUAGAACCUAUACGUUGCCACACAAUAAGAACACGGAUGUCCUGGAAAGAUUGCCCACCGGCGAUUCGCCCAACAAUAACUCGGACACUGAGGACGGAUAUCAUCAGCAACAGGCGUCGCGCAAUUCGGUACAAUUUUAUUAUGAACUGAUGACAGGAAUAACACGAGUGGAUCUACAGGCAUGCAUAAAUGGUUUCAUAGCUUCCCUGCAACGUUUGGCCGCAAUCGUACUCAACAUGAUAACUAGUGUACCGAUCGAACGAAUUACCGAAUAUAUCCUAAGGACGUACACAUUUAUGAGACGUGGUGUCGAAUCCCUCAGAGAAUUAUUCAACUACGAAGCAGAAUCUAGACGCUUGCAGGAUAUUGCAUACUAUAUAAUGGUCAUAACGACUCGAUGCCAGAGGUGCCACUGUCAUUUAAGGCAUUAUCCAACCAUUGCGGACGCCUUGCCACCAAAGUCAAUUGCACCAUAUCCGAUGCCGGAGCCCUUCCUGGUGGACCGUAAUCGAUUAGAAACCUUUAUGCAAAAGCCCAAUAUAGUUAUGUCGACAGUUGAACGAAAUUUUAUGUUUAAUUUACCGAACAAGUGAAAUUGCUACCAAAUAUCUUUUAUUGAAAUAAAUCAUAUUUUAUAAUAAAACAA